CCCAGCUCUGUGGCCGCACCAUGGCUCCGGUGCUGGAGCUCUCGGACGCCGCUCACUCCUGCUGCCUGCUGGUGGAGCUGAAUGAGCAGCGGCUGCGGGGCCAGUUCUGCGACGUCACCAUCAUCGCCGAAGACACCAAGUUCCCAGCCCACAGGAACGUGCUGGCAGCCUGCAGCCCGUACUUCAAGGCGGUGCUGUCGGAGGAGCCGGCCGGCCGCCAGCCGGCCCAGGUGCUGGAGCUGCCCGACAUCCAAGCCGGGGUCUUCUCUGAUAUCCUCAACUUCAUCUACCGGUCUCGCCUCUCGGUGCCCAGCCCGGCCGCCGCCCGGCAGAUCGGAGCCGCCGGCCGCCGCCUGGGCAUCUCGUGGCUGGAGAACCUGGACCCCGCCGCUCAAGCCAAGGAGAUGAGCGAGCCCUGGAGCCCCGAGGCCGCCGGAGACACCUCGGCCUCCUCCCCGAGAUCCUGCGCCUCCCCCGUGGACCUGACUUGCCCGUCGCGGUCGGCCGCCAGCCCCAUCUGCCUCCAGGAGCCGGCCCAGCCGCCCAGCCCGCAGCGGGAGGCGGAUAACGAAACCGAGACGGCGAAGAUCCUCUACGCCCUGAGCACAGCGCCUGCCGAGCCGGGUGCCCCGGACUGGGAGCGGGAGCGUGGCGCCGCAGAACCGCCCGACGCCGGGGGCGAGCCGGCGCCGUCUUCUUCCUCGCCGGCGGGCAGCGCCUUCCGCUGCGGGCUCUGCAGCCGCUCCUUCGCCACACCAGCCGCCCUGAGCCUCCACCUGAAACUGCAUCGGAGCCGGCGCUCCCUCUCCUGCCGCCACUGCGGCAAGAGCUUCAUCCACGUCAAGCGGCUGCAGACGCACGAGGUGCUCUGCAAGGAGGCCGGUGAGGAAGAGGAGGCAGCGGCGGCGGGCAGCUCGGCGGUGGCGGGCGGCUCGGAGGCGGCAGCCCCUGCGGCGCCCCUUCCUCCCACCGCACCGGCGCUGCCCAAACCGGCAUCUUCCAAGAAAGGCCUGCUCUUCCGCCACCGGGCCCUGCAGCGGCUGGAGUACAUCCCGGAGCAGGACCACUUCGUCAAGGUGGUGGACGGGCACGUCAUCUACUUCUGCACCGUCUGCGAGCGCUCCUACAUGACCCUCUCCAGCCUCAAGCGCCACUCCAACGUUCACUCCUGGCGACGCAAGUACCCCUGCCGCUACUGCGACAAAGUCUUCGCCCUGGCCGAGUACCGGACGAAGCACGAGGUAUGGCACACCGGCGAGCGCCGCUACCAGUGCAUCUUCUGCUGGGAGACAUUCGUCACCUACUACAACCUGAAGACCCACCAGAAGGCCUUCCACGGCAUCAACCCGGGACUCAUCUCCUCCGAGAAGACGCCCAACGGGGGCUACAAGCCGCGGCUCAACGCCCUCAAGCUCUACCGCCUCUUGCCCAUGCGCUCCCAGAAGCGACCCUACAAGACGUAUAGCCCGGGGCUGCUGCCGGAGGGCCUGCUGUUGCCCCCGCAGCCCCUUCCCGUGGCGCUGGGCGAGGGGGACUCCACGGCCGGCCCUGGCGGGGAGGCGGGGCCCGGCUUCGCAUCUGCCAACGCUUUGGAGGCGCCGGAGGCCGAGCGGUUCCUCCUGCCGGCGCCGGCCGAGCGGCACGAGACGGGGCCGCCCCCGUUCCUGGCAGAGGAGGCGCGGCGGGCGCCGGCGGACGGUGAGGCCCCGUCGGUCAUCGCCUAUGGCCACCCGGCCGCCUCGGUCAUCGUGCACAGCACCUCGGUGGGAGGUGGGGGCGGCCAGGCAUCCUCGGUCAUCACCUACAACAGCACGCCAGCCGCCCCCCGCCCCGCCCCUGCUGAGCCCCUCAAAAAGCAAGUGCUGAAGGAGUACAUCCAAGCCCAGAAGGCGGCCGAGCAGGCGGCGGAGGAGGCAGGCGGCGGGGAGCCGCCGAAACCCCGCAGCCUGCGGCCCGGCCGCACCAUGACCUACAUGGCCAAGCCGGCCUACGUGGGCGCCGCCUCAGAGAGCCGCAGCGCCCCGCUGUGCCAGAUCACUGUGCGCAUUGGCGAAGAGGCCAUUGUCAAGCGGCGCAUCUCCGAGACUGACCUGAUGCUGGACAAGAGCCCAAGGGGCCCCAAGCGUUUCGAUUUCGGGCCGGCCGAGAAAGCGGCUCCCGGCAAACGGGCCGGCAGCUCCUACGCCCACAACGAGAGUGGCGAGGAAGAGAGCGACCGGGACGCCGAAGACCAGCUCUGGCGUCCGUACUACACCUACAAGCCCAAGCGGAAGGCCUGUGGCUCCGGCGGGGCUGGCUCCGGCGUCCCCAAGGUGAAGCGGUCUUCCCGGUGGCGCCGCAAGCUGCGUUCCCUGCGCUGGAUGAAGCGGGCGGAGGAGGAGGAGGAAAGGGAGGAGCCCAGCCCAGCGCCCGCCCACGCCUCGCCCAGUCCUGGCGGCUCUGACGCCCCGGCGCCCGAGCCGGCGCACAAGGCGGGGCGCGGCAGCGCCGAUUGGAAACACGAGUGCAGUGCCUGCGGCAAGCUCUUCUCGGCGCUGAAGAAGCUGCGGAAACACGAGCGGGUGCACGGGCGGCCUGGCAAGGAUGAUCCUGCGCCGGCGCCGGCCCACCGGGUGGGCCGCAAGCCCUCGGUCAAAUUCACCUGCGCCCACUGCGCCAAGGUCUGCAAGACCGCGGCGGCCCUGAGCCGGCACAUGAAGCGGCACGAGGGGGAAAGCCGGGAGCCUGGCCCGGCUGCCCUGACCACCGUCAUCGCCUAUUCCAAAAAAACGGAGGAGCCGGAGCCGGCGCUGGCGGCCGUCAAGGAGGAAAUCACGCAGGAGAUGCAGGUCUCAUCAUCCAGCGGGGAGCCAGCGGCGGCAGAGGCCAGCCGGGCCUGCACUGCCGGCCAGCCGGCCACGCCGGAGAGUCAGGGGGCAGCGCCGCCCCGGGAGGAAGAGGUGAUGCCGCCAGAGACGGGCGGGCCACAGGAGGCGGCUGCCCCGCUAGCCGAAGCCACCACCAGCUGUGUCGAGCUGGCCCCUGCGCCGCCCGCCCCCCAGGCCGCCCUCUCCUUGCAAGACCCUGUCAUCUCGCACACCAGCCCGGCCCCGGCCCCGCCCGAGGAGGAGGCGGUGGGCGGCUACCCAGAGAGGUACCCGGUGCAGGAGUACCCCCUGCCCCUGCUGGCGCCCGGGGGCUGCCGGAUCCGGAAGGAGGCAGAAGACAAGCCCGCCUUCCUGGCCUACCCCAGCCCCCUCCCUUUCAACGCUGUGGGCAAGGCCGGGGCCGGCGAAGGGGAGGGCAAGGUGAGCUUCUACCCCGACCCCUACCCGCUCGUGUACGGGCACCAGCUGCUGGCUGCGUACCCGUACAACUUCACCAACCUGGCCGCCCUGCCUGUGGCGCUGAACAUGGUCCUGCCAGACGACAAGGGCCAGCCCCUCCCUUUCCUGCCCAGCGUCUUCGGCUACUCGGUCAACCCGUGCCGGAACGAGGCCCAGGACGGGGCUGGCGCCGGGGCCCACGGGGCCGGCAGCGGGGCGGGGGGUGGGGCGGCCCUGCCCCGGGGGGUGGUCCGGGGGGAGCCCCCGGCCCCCGAGCGCCUGAAGAAGGGAAAUUUCCUGUGAGCGGCAAGCGGGCA